UGGCUCUCCGCCGUUUCUAAACUCUGCUGAGCAUCGUUGCGCGUCAAAACAUUGCGUCUCUGCAGGACUUGCCAGGGCCAGAGAGGAGAGGAGAGGAAAUUCGCCUGGGGAGGAAUGCGAAAGAGGGUUUAAGGAUUGGCACUGCCACGAGGAAAACGAGGAGGUGCGACGUUUUCUAGGCUACGUGGAGAUCCGUUUUUUCUUCCUUUCAAAGGUGUUCGCCUCCCGACCCACCGCCCACCACGGCCCUCACCUGUGUGUUGCGGUGCUUCCCCUGUGAGCCGACCUGGGCUGGCAGUCCCUUCUUGCACCGCCCGCCAACUCCGCCCAUGGUCAGGAUGACGCGCUCCAAGACUUUCCAGGCGUACCUGCCGAGCUGCCACCGAACCUACAGCUGCAUCCACUGCCGAGCUCACCUGGCCAACCACGACGAGCUCAUCUCCAAGUCGUUCCAGGGCAGCCAGGGCAGAGCCUAUCUGUUCAACUCUGUGGUGAACGUUGGGUGUGGCCCUGCAGAGGAGAGAGUUCUGCUGACAGGCCUGCAUGCUGUGGCAGACAUCUACUGUGAGAACUGCAAGACGACCCUGGGCUGGAAAUACGUAAGUGUCCUUGGCUGGUUUGAUGCACAGUGCCACAAACUGCAUCCAAGUUUAGAAUGAGGAGGCUGUUUUUAUAAGAUACCCUAAUUUCAUUUAAACCCUAAUUAUGUUUAGACUCCUCUCACAGUCACUGCAGCUGUAGGCUACAUAAUUAUUAGACAAACUUGUCAGAACAGAUGCAAACUGGAGUCUGAACUUAUCUUUUGUGAUAU